UACUCUAGUGAUUUGGCGACUUUAAGUGUGUAAAUGGGAAAACGCACUGAUUUACAUGCCAGCCUCGCCUCUGUCCACGCGUUCAGCACCCAAAUACAGGCAGAAAGGCAGAAGCCAAGCGCGUGGUGAUUGUGCACCGCACACACACUUUGUUUGCUUUGAAAUGCAGGAUCAAACAGGGCCAUGCCGCACAAGGUUAGACUGUUAGAGGACAAAUAUAGAGUAUCUGUGUCUCUCUCAGUGUCUCUUUCUCUCCCUCUCUCUCAUACACACACCUCACGUUUCCGCGCCUGCUUUCCAACGUGCCGCUUUGACGCCCAGAUGUCUCUCCUGUGCCCGGCUCCUUACACACAGUUACACGCUGCAUACUAAUAAACUUCAGCCUGAACUGGAUGAACGAGACAUACAAAUGUCGUUUCAUCUCUGUCACGCGCUGAUUCUCCUUCACGCAACAUGUUGUGACAUCCUUUUUCUCCCGUCUUUGCGCAUUUAAAGGACAUUACGCAUCGCCAGAACGAUGCCAUUUAACGCCACAGCGUCUUUAAACGUCCACACUGCGGCGUUUAUUUUACUCGGAGCUUGUAAUGAACGGAUGGCUUUUGACGGGAACGUGACGGGAUGCUGAAGAUGAGUGGAUGUGGACAAGAGGAAGGACAAGGGGGUGAACGGCUUUGCAAUCUAAAUGCGUACGGGGAAAUGUGCGUUUAUUAUGAGUGAUCUCUCCUAUUGACACGUCCAGCGAGUGUGUGUGUGUGUGCGUGUGUGUGUAUGUGAGAGAGAGAGUGUGAGUGCGGGUGCGCGCGCGCGCGCGUGUAUCCAUCGCCUGUAGUCUGUAGAUCUGUGUUACUGCGCCAGGAUGGAGAUGACGCAAAUGACCCAGCUCCCCAAAAAGUGUUUCAAGACGAACAUGGCGGCAACUUAACACAGGACCCAAGAUGAUGAUGAUGAUGAUGAACAGCAGAGAAGAUCGAAGGCAAUCCGCCCAGAUAGGGAAAGAGCAGCUCGUUCAGCGUCUCGCCUUCCCUUGAGGAGAUACGGGGACACAGGCAGGAGCUUCGGGAACAGAGGAGGCAUGUUGUCACACAGAAAGCGCUUUUUCUCCGGGGAGCCAGGCGGAAUAACGGAGAUAUGACCGCGCGCGGCUUCAUCUAGCCCAGAGAGUCGGAUACAGCUGCCGGGAGCGCUGUCGAACGGGAAGAAAACAUUUCAAAUCAAUGCAUUUUGUGGCAGAGGAGCCGUCGCGGUGGAGUCGGCCAGUGCUGCUCUUUCCUGAAAUAUGACCAGGGGUGCUUGGACGUGUCGGCAGCAAGAUGACGGCUUAAAAAUCUGCUUCGCACCCCGAGAGGACGAAAAGCCAUUAUUCACCGAUUCGGAAAGGGCCCAGAGAUGGCGACUGUCCUUAGCCUCUCUUUUGUUUAUCACCGUUUUGCUCUCUGAUCAUCUGUGGUUCUGCGCCGAGGCGAAACUGACGAGGACGCGAGACAAACGGCUGGAGCACACGAACCAUAUACUUUCACCCAGCCAUCAGAGAGAGCAGAGUCUUAUUUUUAUAGGCAAUUCUACCAAACCUCUGCGGAGACUUGAAACUUGUCAUCCUGACAGCCUCUCCAAAAACUGCUUGACUUUUGACGACGCGGAAGCCGUGUGCUCGGGCCUCUCCGAGUGCAACCUGAGCGAUUUCUAUCUUUCUUUUUGUAACUCCUACUCGCUUUUGGAUUUGUUUUACGGGUUUACGAGUCCGGACAAUUUGACCUGUAGCCUGGACAUGGCUAAUGCGUCGGGAUGCAGCCAGUGCGUUCAGGCUUACCAACGCUACGACCGACGAGCUCAGGAGAAAUACCGAGAGUUUGAGCUUUUGGUUCAGAAAUAUGAAACGGAUGUAUAUUCGGUGCGGACGUGUAUGGAAGAGUGCACGACUGUCUACAAACACUGGCUCUGUGCCCAGUUCUUCCACACCACACAGAUGCACUGCAGCAACAGGAUCCCCUGCAGGAAGUACUGCCUAGAGGUCCAGCAGAGGUGUCCCUUCAUAUUGCCUGACAAUGAUGAGCUCAUCUACGGAGGAAGCCCCAGUUUUAUAUGCACAGGGCUCCAAGAGGACAACCCCUCAGACGCAGAGACAGAGUGCUGCGAUGUCCGAUGGGACAGCAGGGCGGACAACAGCUCCAAAGGCACUCUCAAAAGAACUCACCCGUCGUGUCAGCACGGGACAUCCCUGACCUCGUCAGCGGCCUCUAGACUGUGCAACAGCAGACUCAAACUCUGCCUGCUGGUCCUCGUCCUCCUUCAUACUGUUGCCACUCUCACAGCAUCCCACAGUCCCACCGGGUUCAACCUCACCUCCAGCUCCUCCAACGAGGAAUGACGGAACAGCCAGUCGCCGCGGUGCCACAUCCAGCGACGUGACGGACCGUGGGUAACUCGCUGGGACCUCUGGUACAGAGACUGUGGACAUGCAAUCAAAACAAACCAAGCUAACUGACGAAGCUAAACAAACACUGGACGAAUCCAAUCAAGCAACAAGAACAAGGGACAACACCGUAGCCUUUGUUGAAAGAGGCUUCUAGGGGGCGGAGUUCUCUCGCACCAUGUUUUUUACACUGUGUCUAUGGUUUGGAUUUCUGUUGCACUAGAUGACUACAGGAUCUAAUUCAUGUUUCUUUCCGUUUCAUUUGGGUCUUUGUGCAGGAGGGAUUGGGAGAGACGGAUGAGUUAAAUGUACAGUAUCCAAGCGAAUAUUCAAGACUGAGCGUGUGUCUAUGUGAACGAAUGGACGAGAGCGUGUGCAUGUGUGCCUGUGCUUGCAUCCGUGCGUCCACUUAGAUGUUCUUCUCGUUUCUCUUCGUAAUCACAAACUCUCUGAAUGCUGCUCUAUUCAUUACGAGGGUUUCUAUUCCUGUUUAUCCGCUGACAAAUCUGCCUAGACAAAUACCAAGACACCCGACAAAAAGCCCAGGUUCAAACUCUCCCAAUAAGAUCCUGUAACCUUAUUAAGGUAGCCUGAUAUUUUUUGUUGUUGGUAUGAUGUCAUUUCCUGUGAGGUCAGGUCAGUAGCUUUGGAGGUCUGGGUACGGUAAUGUCGCUUAAGUGCUCGACUGAAAAGGUCUUUGUUGGGACCGUAUCCAGACUUCUGUCCACAAAUCUGUUUUAGCACCAUUAGUGUUUUCUAUAUUAUAUUAAGAUAGUAUAUUCUCUACCCUAUAUUCUGUAAUUGCAUGUUAGAACCAGAGUUUAGACUUUGCUGCUAAAGUUUUGAAGAAUUAAACCCAAACGAUCUGAAAACAAGAGGAGCUCUCACUCCCGAGUACCAUCCAAAUUGCUAUCUGGCAGCAUGAACCCAGCCAAUCAGAGCUUACGAGACAAAUUACCCCAAUCGCACAGAGAGGAUCCAUCGUUCUUUAUUACAGUAAAGGGCUUACCCAUCAUCCACACGCACAUUCGAACACUCCUGCAUGUAGAGAUUCACGUGGCAUGAAUAACUCAGUGAUAACGAUGUUAAUUUGUUGCAAACCUUAAGAUAGUUACAUCAACAGGAAACACAUAGAAGAACGAAGGCCCGUCUCAGGUGGCUGGGCUGAGGAAUCUGGUUCUUUGUGUGGAGGAGAGGCUAAGUUAAGGGCUGAUAUUUUAUUUUAUGUUUGAUUGAUUUAUUUUUUUCUACAGGUAUGCUCUAAUGAGGAUGUGUCACUGUGACACAAACACUAAACGAAGCCUUGAGUUUAACUAAGUUCUCUAGACAGCCUCAGUGUGAACCUGUUGAAAUGGCAGGCCUCACACCUCUGUUUCCAUCUCAUGAGACAUGACUAGUUGUUAAUGUUAGAUACACAUACAUGCAUAUGUCAUAUAUCAGUCACAGCUAGCAAGUAUGCUAACUAAAAAAGAAAAACAGUAUUUCUUAGCCAUAUUUCAAUUGUGUAAAGCAGGCUAACAUAAUGCAUGCCAUAGGAAUAAAAUGUCGUUCACACAUUCCAUGUACUUUUAUUCCCUCCCUGUAAAUAUCUGUAGAUUGUCUGCAUUAAAAGAGUGGUUCACUUCCAGAACAAAUAUUUAGAGAUAAUAUACUCACCCCUUUGUCAUCCAAGAUGUUCAUGUCUUUUUUACUUCGGUUGUAAAGAAAUUAUGUUUUUUG